CAUGGCUAGAACUAGAAGACAGAAGGCCACAACAGAUAUAUUGUCUGUUUGCUUCAUUCACAAAAUACUAUGUUAUCUUAGUUAUGAUGAAGCUUCUUGGAUAAGAAUUCUCUCCAAAACAUGGCUAAAAGCCUGGUCGGCUCUUCCCAACUUAAAAUUCAAAGUUAAAUACAUUUCCGAAUACAGUGGACGCAAUCAUGGAGAGAUACGGGGAAGAAAAUAUCCCUACUGACAAGUUUAAAUUCUCAAAUUGGUCAAGAUCUAGGAUAGUGAUCAAAUUUUUUCAAGCCACUGCUCUUCAGAAUGGUGUAAAAGAGAUUGUGUAUGGAGAUCCUUACUGGUUCACUCCAACAUACCGCUUUCCUAUUAUCAAGGUCUUGGCAGGAAAAUCUUUACCAGAAUUGGUUCUGAGUGGUUGCGAUCUGAUGGCUGUUUCAUUAUUUAGUGGUGCGGUGCACUGUCAAUCUUUGAGAAAGUUUUCUCUGUAUCUAAUUUUUAGAUGUCAAAAUUGCAUGUUGAACUGUGGAGUGCCCAACGUUUGUGGAUGCUAUGCUAUGGAGUUGUCAUCCUAGGAGACUGGACCUAUUAUCAACUGUUGGAAUGAAUAAAUGUUUCAUCUAUUGCUUAAUGUAUAUGAAGAGACUGAGUCAUUCUUACUCUCAACGAAGUAAGCCUUGGCAUAGUCAAUUAAAAGAAAUAAAAGCUUUUGAUGGGAAAAAUCAGCCGCUGCAACUCAAAAGUGGGGAAUUGGCGAGCACCCUUACGGAGAGGAACGGAGUUUAUUUUUUAUUAGAUUGCGGAUGCAGUUAAUUCUUGCACUUCUCAAAACUAUUUAGCAUUGUCAAGUACUGAAAAUUGUGGUGAAUUUGAAUCAUAAGAUUAUUAAUUCUAUAGUGAACUUCUCUCUUCGUGCAA